CAAUUCCUGGAUGGCAGCAGCGUGUUAAUCCAGCCUUCAUCCUGGAUUUCAUAAACUAAAACAAGGGAGCCUGGCAGGAGGACAGCGCUGCUGCUGGGUUGAGGAAAUUGAUGACGGAGAAGCAUGCGGGCAACCCAGUGUAUAAAACUCAUAAACGUGUAGGCAGAGGCUCAACUACCACUUUGGACAGCUGCUUCCCGCCAGCAAAGCCCUCGCCGCGGGAAGCUGAGCCGAGCUGCGGGGGAAACAUGAAGAGCCUCUUGCUGCUGGCCACGCUGCUUGUCCCCGCGCACCCGGCGGCGGCCUGGAGCACCAAGUAUGCGGUGGAUUGCCCGGAGCGCUGUGACGCUAACCAGUGCAAAGGCAGCCUGCGCUGCAGGAGGACAGUGCUCGACGACUGUGGCUGCUGCCGGGUGUGCGCCGCGGGGCUGGGAGAAACCUGCUACCGCACAGUCUCGGGCAUGGAUGGCGUGAAGUGUGGCCCGGGGCUGAGGUGUCAGUUUUACAGUGAGGAGGAUGAUUUUGGUGACGAAUUUGGUAUCUGCAAAGACUGUCCCUACGGCACCUUCGGAAUGGAAUGCAAGGAGAUGUGCCAUUGUCAGUCGGGCAUAUGUGACAGGGUGACUGGCAAAUGCCUGAAAUUUCCCUUCUUCCAAUAUUCAGUAGCCAAGUCUUCCAACAGAUUUGUUUCUCACACAGAGCAUGACAUGGCUUCUGGAGACGGCAAUGCUGUGAGAGAAGAGCUUGUGAAAGAGAAGGCUGCCCGGUCGCCUAUAAGGAAAUGGUUAAAUCCGCGCUGAUCCCAGUAGGAUUUCGAAGAGAAGACUAUUUUAACGAUCGUUCAACACACAGCCAACAUUUUAGGAACUGUCUAGAUUAUAGCAUAUGAACAUGUAAUUUUUGGAGACCAAGUGUGAUUCAGGGUGGGUCCAGAAAAAAGAAAGUGGGCUACUAACAAUCCAUAAAAUGCAUAUGACUGAACAGUUUUAGAUAUUUGUUAAGUACUUGAAUGCAUAAAUUUGUUAAAUAUGUGUUUAUAGUAAUAUUGAAGAACUAAAACUGCAAUUUAGAUAAUAACAUGGAGACAGAUCAGCAAAGAGAAAGCUAGUCAGACCUAAGACUGCGGUGGGUCUGCGGUUCUGUGACUUGGAUGUACAUUCAUGUUGGAAUACGGGAUGGAGGAAGAGUGGGGGUGGGGGAGGAGGGGAGCAUGAGAUUUAGAUCUUUCUUGCUGUAGUGUCAAUAGAACUUAAUUGUGCAUUUUUUUUACUUUGGGUAAAGUCAAAACAAAAUAAUCCCUGAGGGAAGUGGGAUGUUUGAUGCUUGUGGGAGUUUGAGUAGCAGCCUUGAUUCGAGGCAGGUUUCAAAGGGCUGCUAAUGUAGGUCCCAGGUUACCCUAUCUGAAGGAUGGUUCUGAGGCAGGAGACAAACAUACAUUUCCAUAAAUGGCCUUAAAGAAUGUCACCUCAGACUGAGAGAGCUGGGAAGUAUUUUGCCCACUUGGGGGAGGUGUGAAGGUAAAUAUUUAUAUAUUUUUGUAAACAAUUAUGUUAGUAUGAGUCAUCCUCCAUAUCUAUAUUUAUCACCCUCUUGAGAAAAUGAACAUAAUAUUGUUUGUUUAAAAUGGUUAGAAUAAAGGUGUAACUCUAUAAGGUUUUCAAACAUUCAAGCCAUGGUAAAUUUACUCAUAAUAAUUAUAGUAAUAUUAAGAGUAAUAAGUAUAAGGAAAACCUAGAAAAAUUUAGUCAUUAUGGAUUUAUAAAAUGUCCAAAAAUGGACAACAGAGGGAAUUUAUUUAAAAGUAAGUGUAGCAACUUAGAUGUUUUAAAUUUGAUGUAGAAAAUGCUUCUUAGGAGGUUUGGAAAAGAGUUAAUUUUCAGCAGGAAACAUUAACUUUAAAAUAUAGCUCAUUUUCACAUUUUUUCCCUUUAAACUUGGAAUUAUGAGUACAUUUGGGAGGAUCUUAGCACAAAUGGGAUUGCUGGACUAGAUUUUGCUAGGAAAUUUUUGCAGAAGUAUUUUAUUUGGAGUGAAGACUUAUUUGAGAAUUAUUUCACCAUUUACCUGUAUUUUAUUCUUGAAGGUUGCCAGCGGAAUUGUGAAUGUGUGUGUGGGAGGGUCUUUGAAUGUAAGCUGGAUAAGCUGCUAGGAUUUGUUUUAAAAGGAUAAGUUUAUGAUUGUUCAAUAAAAAAAAGCAAGACAGUG